AUAAAGGGAAUUUGAUGCCGGCCGAAAAAAACGAAAAAUCUUCACUCCGUCUGCUUCAAGAAGUACGCCUCCCAUGAAAGAACAGGCCAGUAUUUGAUGCUUGCCUUCAGCGUCAAGAUUCUUGCUUUCUCUCUACCAAAAUUUUCAUUCCAUCUUCAUUUCCACUGUUCUCUUCGUCUGCGAUCAUUCUCUAGAACCCAUGUCCAGAAACUCGCACAGAAUGAUUCUCAAAUUCUGUUUCAACUCCACAAUCAUCGCCUCCAAGAGGCACGCAACCUGCUUGAUAGAAUGUCCCAAAGAGGCCGCCACAACCGUAUUGUCCAUUGGACUUCAUUGCUCUCCAAGUACACAAAAUAUGGCUUUGUUGAUGAAGCUAGGACGCUUUUUGAUAUCAUGCCUGAGAGAAAUAUCGUCACUUACAAUACAAUGUUAGCUGGGUAUGCACAAUGUGGGAGGUUUACUGAGGCUUGCAGAUUGUUUGAGGAGAUGCAAGACAGGAAUGUUGUGUCGUGGACUUUGAUGCUUUCUGUGUUAUUCGAUUCAGGGAGGGAUGUUGAGGCUAAGAGGCUGUUUUAUGAGAUUCCACAGAGGAAUGUUGUGUCAUGGAAUGUGAUGAUUGUUGCGCUGAUUAGAAAUGGUGAAUUGGAAGAGGCGAGACGGGUUUUUGAUGCUAUGCCAGUCCGUAAUGUGAUUUCUUGGAACAUUAUGAUCUCUGGAUAUGCAGAAAAUUAUAGGAUUGAAGAUGCUAAGGUGAUGUUUGAGGAGAUGGAUGAACGCAAUGUGGUGACCUGGACUAGUAUGAUAGCAGGUUAUUGUAGAGGAGGUGAUGUCAGUGAGGCUUACUAUCUAUUUCGGAGAAUGCCUGAGAGGAAUGUUAUUUCCUGGACAGCUAUGAUUGGGGGAUUUGCCUGGAAUGGCUUCUCUGAAGAAGCCUUGUUUCUUUUUCUUGAGAUGAAGGGGAACACUGACACAAGACCGAAUGGAGAGACCUUCAUGUCACUGGCCUAUGCUUGUGGUUGUAUUCGUUUUCCUCGUCUUGGAAAGCAAGUACAUGCUCAAGUUAUUGUUAAUGGUAUGGAGUUUGAUGAUUAUGAUGGCAGGCUAUCUAGGAGCCUCAUUCACAUGUACUCUUCAUUUAGUAUAAUGGAUUAUUCACGUUAUCUGUUUAACAAGCACUCAUGUAAUUGUGUGGUUCAGUCUAUUAAUUCUAUGAUUAAUGGUUAUAUUAGAAUUGGGCAGUUGGAAGAGGCUCAAGAUUUGUUUGACACAGUACCUGUCCGGGAUAAGAUCUCAUGGACGUCAAUGGUUGAUGGAUACCUAGGUGUUGGAGAUGUACCAAGAGCUCGUUCAUUGUUUAACAACAUGCCAAACAGAGAUGCAGUAGCAUGGACUGCAAUGAUUUCUGGACUUGUCCAAAAUGAACUUUUUGCAGAAGCUACCUAUUUGUUUCUGAAAAUGAGAGCAGAUGGUUUUUCACCCCUAAGCUCUACAUAUUCUGUGCUUUUUGGAGCUGCUGGAGCGACAGCCAAUCUUGAUGAAGGGAUGCAGCUCCAUUGCAUGCUGCUGAAAACAUGGAGCAAGUUUGACUUGAUACUCGGGAAUUCUCUAAUCUCAAUGUAUGCAAAAUGUGGGGUAAUCGAUGAUGCAUAUACUGUAUUCUCAGAAAUGGAAGUUAGGGAUUUGAUUUCAUGGAAUUCCAUGAUUAUGGGGUUUUCGCAUCAUGGACUGGCAAAUGAAGCUCUAAGGAUCUAUGAAGGAAUGCUGAAAAGUGGAACAUAUCCAAAUUCAGUUACUUUUUUAGCCAUUCUAUCAGCAUUUAGUCAUGCAGGUCUUGUCAAUCAGGGUUUGGAGUUGUUUAAUGUGAUGAAUGAUGUUUAUAUCAUUCAGCCUAGUGUGGAGCAUUAUGUUUGCAUGGUCAAUCUCCUGGGUCGAGCUGGCAAAGUGAAGGAAGCUGAGGACUUCGUCUUAAAACUGCCUUUUGAACCCAAUAAGGCUAUCUGGGGAGCUUUACUGGGUGUAUGCGGGUUCGGUGAUACAAAUGCUGAAGUUGCUAAACGUGCUGCUGAAAAAUUUCUUCAGCUGGAACCACUAAAUGCACCUGUCCAUGUGUUGCUCUGCAACAUAUAUUCAUUCAAUGGUCAACAUGUUGAGGAGCAAAAACUGAGAAAAGAGAUGAGAUUGAAGGGUGUGAGAAAGUUCCAAGUCAUUCCUAACAAUGUCCAGGAUGCUUUACAUGUUCUUGAAUGGAGGGUAGCAAUACUUGAGGAGAUGAAAGCUCUUGAGAAGAAUGCUACUUGGAACAAGGUAGAUCUCCCAAAGGAGAAGAAAGUUGUUAGCUGUAAGUGGGCAUUCACAGUUAAGUACAACUCGGAUAGAUCUUUAGAGAGGUAUAAAGCUCGUCUCAUGGCAAAAGGUUUUGCUCAAAUAUUUGGAGUAGACUACUCAAAGACAUUCUCUCCGGUGGCAAAGUUAAAACACAAUGAGAGUACUUUUAUCUGUGGCUGCAAACUUUGA